UGAUCAAGAAAGAGGAGUGGGGGUGGAGAGGUUGAUACAAAAUUUUCAGAGAGGGAGAAAGAGAAAGAUGGUGACGUCACCGGUCGUGAACACGUAUCCACUGUCGAGCUACACAUUUGGGACGAAGGAGCCGAAGAUGGAGAAGGACACCUCCGUCGCUGAUCGUCUAGCUCGCAUGAAAGUCAAUUAUAUGAAAGAAGGCAUGAGGACAAGUGUGGAAGCAAUUUUAUUGGUUCAGGAACAUAAUCAUCCCCACAUACUUCUUCUGCAGAUUGGAAACACAUUCUGCAAACUUCCUGGUGGGCGUCUGAAGCCAGGAGAGAAUGAAAUUGAGGGGUUGAAAAGGAAGCUGACCAGCAAGCUUGGUGCCAAUUCACCUGCUCUUGUGCCAGACUGGCAGAUUGGUGAAUGUGUUGCAAUCUGGUGGAGGCCAAACUUUGAAACCAUAAUGUAUCCAUAUUGCCCUCCCCACAUUACAAAACCCAAGGAGUGUAAGAAGCUUUUCCUUGUUCACUUGUCUGAGAGAGAGUACUUUGCAGUGCCCAAAAAUUUGAAACUUCUUGCUGUGCCAUUGUUUGAACUCUAUGAUAAUGUCCAGAGAUACGGGCCAGUGAUAUCAACCAUUCCUCAGCAGCUUUCUAGAUUCCAGUUCAAUAUGAUUACCACAUGACUUAAGCAUACGGAUUUCAAGAGCUCUCACCUGCAUGGUACUGUUUAGAUUCAAAGAGCUAUAAAUGCAUGAAUUCCAAGAGCUGAUAUUUAUACCUUAACAGUUCUUCAUGACAGACAUUUGAGUCAGUUAAAAGUGGAUUUCGUAAGUUAUGCAGAUGACAGAAGAUUAACAUUAUGACGAACUCUAUCAUCUAUAUUUGGUAACUUGGUACUAUUUUAUUUAUUAUGUUAUUGGAUUGAGCUUAGGUUCUUGGGUAAAUCUUGGUCUUUUUUCAAGUUUUUAGAGCCAUAUCAUGACUUACGUAGUCUAUGAAUUGUUUGAUAGUAUUAAUGGUAGAAUGUUGUUGAGGAAUUACACUGUUGUGGAUACGAUGGGCUGUGGUGGAGGCAUGGUCUGUUUGCAAAAUUUUCUCGGCAGUGCUGAUUAUGCCGCCAUUGUAACAUCACUGUAGCUUACAUGUUGCUGUUGUAACAUGACUGUACUAUUCAAUGGAGAAUGA